UUUUACUUCGUAAAAUUUAUUGUUUCAAACGUUUAAACCUUCCUUGCUUCCACGCUUUCCGGCUGAACCUCCUCUCUCUCUCUCUCUCUCUUCUCCCAUGGCGGUAUUUUACCGGUUGCCAAGGGCGAGAGGCUCAACGCAGAUCUUCUCCAUGACCUCCACAGUCCGGGCCUUCUCUUCGUCCUCUAUAUCGAAUUCCGGAAAUGACCUCAAAUCGCCGUCCCUGCUCGCCCAGAAGUCCCUCCCUCUGCGUCGCGAACCCAGGGACAGAAACGUCCAUUGGGUUUUCCUCGGCUGCCCUGGCGUCGGAAAAGGCACCUACGCGUCUCGACUCUCCAACCUGCUUGGUGUCCCUCACAUCGCCACCGGUGAUCUUGUCCGUGAAGAGCUCACUUCCUCUGGUCCCCUCGCUUCCCGGCUUGCAGAGAUUGUUAACCAAGGAAAACUGGUUUCAGAUGAAAUUGUAAUAAAUCUGUUGUCCAAGCAUCUUGAAGCUGGUGAAGCUAAGGGCAAAACUGGCUUCAUUCUUGAUGGUUUCCCUCGAACCAUAACACAGGCGGAAAUUCUAGAGGGGGUAACAAAUAUUGACUUGGUGAUCAACCUGAAGCUUCGGGAAGAUGCAUUGCUUGCAAAGUGCCUUGGAAGAAGAAUAUGUAGUGAGUGCGGAGGAAACUACAAUAUUGCAUGUAUCGAUAUUAAGGGUGAGAAUGGAAGCCCUGGAUUGUAUAUGGCUCCACUUCUCCCCCCUUCACAUUGUGCAUCAAAACUUUUCACUCGAUCUGAUGACACUGAAGAAGUUGUUAAGGAACGGCUUCAUGUAUAUAAGGAAAUGACUCAACCUGUGGAAGAGUUCUACCGCAGCAAUGGGAAGUUGUUGGAGUUUGAUCUACCAGGAGGAAUCCCAGAAUCCUGGCCAAAGCUGCUUCGUGCUCUGAAUCUUGAACAUGAUGAUAAACAGUCUGCAGCAGUAUGAGUUAUAUUGAUAUUGUGUAUACCCAGCAGAAGGUAAGUUGGAUCAUUAUUUGCAUGUUGAAGACAUGUACGUGGAUAUCAAUUUCAAAAUGGGGAUGUCCAACAAGAACUGGAAACAUGCUUAUACAUCUUCAAGGAAACUUCCUAUUCAGGUUUUGGAGAUACGUGCAAUUGUAAAAUGUUGUGUGAUGGGCAAGGAGGAAUUGCGUUGUUUUUGGCAGUGUUAUUUGGUUGAGGUAUAUGUUUAGCUGACGGUGAUAAUAUUGUAGGCAAUAAGUGUAAUGGAAAUACAAAGUUGCUAAUUUGCUAAAUGUUUAUGCUUCUAAAAUUUCGGUUUAGAGGUCACUAAACUCGGGAUUUAAGGGGAAAAAAAGUUAUUCGUUCUAUUAGAUUCCUCGGACCUGGAGCAUUGCUAUGGCAAUGAGAUUGUGAGAUCUUGCACCUGCCAUCAGAUUCGGCCGUAUGGAUCAGUUGGGUUGGAGGAUCUUGGUUUCUGACACCUUAUCUUUUGACAGCCAUAUCGAUCCCCAUCGGAAGGGGAUUUUUGUACCACUGCCUGAUCAAAUAAAAAAUAUAGAUUGGUAGUUUCGGGUUGGUGCCUAUUGGAGAUUUUGGGUUGAAUCUGCGGGUUAAGGAUAUUUCUCACCCUUACUGAAAACAAUUCUUCUUGUUGGAUGGCCUGCUUUUCCUCAUCUAUCCAAUUGGAUGCUGAUGCAUGUAAUAGGUAACUUUCAAUGGGGUCACCACGUCUAUUUGGCAAGCUGCUUCUCCGCUUUCCAUUCCUACGGGCAUAGAUGGAUGGAUGGAAUGAAGUGGCAUUAUAUUGUUUCUUGUGUAAAUGCCAGAUCGGAUUCAGAGGGAGAACAGGCUUCUUCUCAUGAUAUUAUUAUUUCUUUGUAGAAAUACAACACAAAUUUGUAACUAGAAAAGAGUGCGUAGCUCAUUUCUUUUAUUCUCCAUCUGCAUCAACACUUUUGUACGAGUGAUCGGAAUUUUAUGUGAUCUUUUGUAAAAUAGCUAUGUUGUAUACCGCA